AUGGAUGACCCCGUGGACAUGGAGCACGAUGCAUGUAAAGGGCUAGAGACUGAAGUGGGGUCUGUCUUCCCACAAGCUAAAAACAAGGAGUGCAUGAGGCAUUUGUAUCAGAAUUUUUUGAAGAAGUAUUCUGGUGAGGUGUUCACUAAUCACUUGUACCCUAUAGCUAGAAGCUACACACAAGUGCUGUUUCAGUGGCACAUGAAGAAAUUUUUUGAGUUUGCACCUGAAGCCAUUGAGUACCUUGAGGAGCACCAUAAUAGGAUCUGGUACAGGUGUGCAUUUUCAGAAAACAACAAGUGUGACUACUUGACAAAUAAUGUUUUAGAGAGCUUCAAUGCACAAAUAAAGAAGUUCAAAUGUCUGCUACUGCAUGAAUUAGUUGACAGAAUCAGAGAGCUGAUCAUGGAGAAAAGAUACACUACGAAGAUGCUUGCUAGGCAGUGGACAGAUGGAAUACUCCCAAAUGUGAUGAAGGAGCUCAACUUGAUCAGCAAUAACCUCAAAGUGGUCAAGGUAUCAGUUAGUGAUGUUGACAUUGCAGAAGUGACCAUCUUGGAUGAGUGGAACAAUCAGAAAAGACAAACAGUUGACUUGUAG